ACCCCAGCAGCCCCCACUAGUCCCACAGCAGAGCCCCCUAAACAUCAGCCUCGUGUCUCUGCGCUGUUCCCCUCCCAAACCCACUCUCAGCCCUGCUGGAUCCUUUCCCAGCCCCUCACCUCUUGCUCUUGCCUCCCAACAGACCCCUGCCAUCCAUGUGGUGCCUGCCCUGGCUGCACACAGAGACGUGUCUGCAUCUCUGUCGUGGCACUGCUCGUCGUCGUGGCUGCUGUGGGCUUGGGGGUGGCACUGGGACUCCUGCCACGGGCACCAGUGAACCGCUCCUGCACAGCCCCCGGUAACCGGACAGGCUUCUUGUGCGAUGACAGAGUGACCUGCAUCCCGGCCAGCUGGGUCUGUGACAGAGUCAGCAACUGCAGGAAUGGAGAGGAUGAGCAGGAGAAGCUCUGUGGUGACUUGCCCCACAGCCUCCCAGGAUACCUGGUUUUCCUCUGCAGUAACCCCAGAUCCUGGAUCUAUGCCGAUCAGAGGUGUAAUGGGAUGAACGACUGUGGAGACUGCUCUGACGAGCUGGGGAGCUUGGCCUCCUGUCCUCCAUGCGGGUGGGAGUGGUGGAGCUGCAUCCCUGUGCACUACGAGUACUGCUCUUGCAUCCCCAGGAGGCUGUGCCGGGAUGGCAUCCAGCACUGCCUUGGCUGGUCAGACGAGUACGUGUGCAGGCCGUGAAGUCCUGGCACCCCUCAGUGCUGGAGACAGCAGGGUGCUUCCCACACCGUCACCUCUGAGCCUUGCUGUCCUCCUGCUCUGCCACCCACUUGGGAAGCUCCAAUCCAAGCAAAUCCUCAGGAGCAGUGCAGGGACACUGAACAGGGACCAGGGGCACGUGGCAGCCCAUGCUGCAGGCUGGGUACUGACUGUGGGACACUUCCAAGGAUUCUCCUGUCGUGUGAAGGUGAGCACUUCCUACAUGGGCUUCUGCUGCCUUGCAGCUUUGACUCGAUGCUGUGCAGCUUCUGGAGUCUUCAUCGGCUGCUGCCGGCACAGACACGGUGUCUGGGCAGCCCUGGGCCAGGGCUUUCUCCUGUAUGGACAUGCUGGUGCCUCUGCAGGCGCAGGCAGGAGGAGAAGCUUCUAUUUGCAUUCAAAACACAUCUGCAGAUGUUUUCAGCAGUGGCUUUGAGGUCCGUGUGUUGAUGCUCCUGGGACACUUCCUUGGGAAUGCUGUGCUGAGGAUGACACCCUGGGGAGCUGCUGCUCAGGCCGCCUCCUGCUCUGUUCUCAAACCAUGAAAGCCAAUGUGGAGAGCAUAAUGGCAGGGAAAAUUGAGGUGAAGGGGUUUCAGGGUUUGUGGGGUCACUGUCCCUGUGACCACGUAGCUGUCCCUGCAAGCCAGGGCAGGGAACCAGCAUGUAGAUAAACUUUACUUCUCUCAGGGCUGUGCAGUUUUGGAGCAGCAGCCUUGGACUGUGAGAACAGCCACGGAGCUGGGAUACGUUUCACCAAAACUGACAAAGAAAGGAGGAAAAAGAAGUCACAGCCUCCAAGCAGAGGGUGGCGGAAAACCAAGUGCUGUUCCCAGGGCGGUGUGGGACGAUACCGGAUCUGAUUGCUGCUUGUUUUGUUCCUCUGCCAGCACAGCAGGAUCAGGCAGCCAAGCCUUCAAGCAGUCCUCAGGAUAUAGGUAUGGGCAUGACACUGAAAUUUAAGAAAGAUGUGGUCUUCUCUGCUCCUUUGAAAAUCUCAUCUCUGUCUAAAACACAGUCUCUGAGAAAAACCCACAUUUACAGUGAGUGCACUUACUUAAAAUAAACAUCAGGCGAUCUUUUUCCCAUCACCACCCCGGGUCAUAGAUAUUUAAAAAUAAAACCCUGUUCACUCAUUUCCUCCCUGUCCUGUGAUCUGCAACUCUGCAUGUCACCAUAACUGGGAUCAAUGGGGAAAGUUGCUUCUCGUUUGUCGCUGGGAUACAGCUGGAGAUCUGAGAGGUCUUUUGUAAACAGCUUUACAGUAUUGUGAC